AUGAAAAGGGAGAAACAAAUAAGGGUGCAAACAAUGAGUGAUGAUCAUGCAUCUCCUGUUAAACUACCCUCAGUGCAUUAGAUCAAUAAGACAAUAUAAGGAGAAGAUGGAACUGUAUGAAUAUCUGUAAAUUUUAGGUUUUCGCAAUGAAUCAAUUAAUGAGCAGAGCAAACCUUGGGACCAGCAAUAAGACUGUUAGAACCUUAUCAAAGAUUACAAAUGAGUAGAGUCAAAGAAAGGAUUUGUAAUUAUUAUAGUAAUGGAUCGAUGUAAGUAAUUUCGAUAAUUAUUUAGUCAAUGGUGCAACAGAUUCAAAAGCAGCAUUUCUAUAGUAUAACAGAGUUCUAUGAUAAAAUGGAGUUGAUAUAUUCUGGUUCAAUUGGAUAACUUUGUCAACAGUUGUCUGUGAAAUGCAAUGACUAUUCUUAGUUGAUUGAUAAGAUAUGGACUCAAUUUACAGGCACUGUUAAAGAGAUUAUAGAUAAAUAGUCCAGAACAAAUCGUAAAUUGGAAAAAGAGAGUUUGGCUAAUACAAUAAAGAUCCAUGAGAGAUAUUAGAACUCAAUGACUGAGAAAGUACAACGAUUGCAAGAAGCAGAAAAAUAAUUAAAACGUAAUACAGAAUACGUGGAGAAAUUGAAUAAGGAGAACAAGUAUCUACGAAAAAAGACGAAUACCUUUCAAACACAAAUCACUAGUCUCAAUAAUGAUAUUGAAUUGUUGAAAUUGCAAUUAUAGGAUUUGAAUAAAGAAAACGAAACACUUAAAUUAUUUUAAUAAGUCAGGCAUUCUACUGAAAAUCUGACAGCAGAUUACGAAGAGGAGUUAUAUAAAGCAAAGAAGGAGAUAUUUGAUGAUUUUAAAUUAGUGUUUGAAGAACAGACACGUAAAUUUGAAGAAGCAUAUCAUAAUAAAAUGUUAGAAUUAGAAAGAGGAAAUGAUGACAAAGCUCAAAAAGAUGAGAACUUAAUGGAAGAAUAUGAGGAGAUUCUCUUUAAAGAUAAAUGUGUUGGCAAUCAUAAGGAAUUUACAGAUUCACAAGCAGAUACUCUGGAGUAUAUAAUAAAAUAUAUUAAAAUAGUUUAAUCUAAACCUAGGAUUGCUCAGUUUAAACUAUAUACUAAAAGAAAAAAAUCUUUGAGCAGGGAACUCAGACGUAACCACCUCAACAAUGUAAUUAAGCUUGCGAAGCCAAUUAUGCAAUUAUUAAGAGAGAGUGCAUCCCUAGAAAUAAUGAUGAAUAAACUUAUUUAGAAAUGUCACGAUAUCCAAUCAAAGCUUUCAUUGAUGACUACUAUCAAUUGUAUAUAGAAAAAGUUGAAAUUGAAAAGAAGACAUUUCCUGAUGUAUUUGAAAGUGUUCUCGAACAACUCAAAUUUCGAUCAUCUUAACUGUUCAAUAUUAUGAAGAUGAAGGAAGAAUUCUUUGCAGAUGAUUUCUAUGAAGCAGACAAAUAUGUAUAGAGCUCUUAUUCUGUGUUUGUAUUUUUAACUCAUCACUUUCAAGAAAUCAUUCGUAAAUUGAAGGAUGAAUUGAUUGCUCGAAAAAUCUAGAUAUUUGAAACUCAAAUUGAUUGUAAAUAAGCUGUUCGAUAAAAAAAUCUAAUUCAAAAGAGAUUAGAUAUCUUGAGUAACAAAUACUAAUAGUAAGUCAAGAAUUACAAUUUUAUUGAAAAGCAAUUUAAAUCUAUCUCCAGAUUCAUCCCUCAGUAUCAAUAAGAUUAAAUACGUCGGAAAGCCUAAAAGCAUAAAAUUCAUUUAGAAUUCCAAAAAGCAUAUUCUCCUACUCCAAACCCCCUGAUUACAAGCACUAAUAAUUUGAAUCCUCCAGCAUAACAAGUAUUUAUCAAUAGUUCGACUUCUCUCUUGCCUCCUUAACACUAAAGUACAAGUCCAAACUUAUUGCUAUCUGCAAAUCCUAAGCAUUCAUUUGGGUUCUUUCCACCAAUGACUCCUUUAGAACCUUAAUAAGAUAAUAGUCUUCCAUAACGUAAUUCUUUGGUUGAAUUAAGUUACGAUUCACCAGAACCCCCUGAAAUGCUCUCUCCUCAAAAACCCCUAAUAACAUUAAAUUGUAUCAAUUUUAUUCUAUCCAAGUCUUUCCUGAUAAUAAAUUCGAAGAGUCAUCAAGUUCUUCAGAGGAAGAAGUGGAUUUAUCUGAAUGUUUAAAUCCUGUAAAGAAUCUACUCUCAAUCGAAAAGAAAUUAUUUGUGUAUAGAUGUCCAAGCAAAAACACCUAGAUUGCAACUCAAACUCUGUUACAGGAAAUUCAAUAAUUUAGAAGAGAUAAAAUAGAAAAUAUUGUUACUUAAGGUACAUUGAUAAAAACACUAUCAAAUUUUGUGUCUUGGUGUUUAAAGUUUAAUAAAUUCAAUUACCCUAUGCAUGUCUAAUUAUAUGAGUAUUUUUCAAAUGAGAACCAGUCAUAACCAUAAAAUGUUUGGCUAGGUAAAGUGGCAAGAGUAAUUAAGUCAAUAAUCUACUUUAAAAGAAAGAAUGAUUCAGCCAGACUAUUUCAUGCAAUGUUAGUCGGGGAUGUAAUUAAUUUUAUCUAUACAAUCAUUAGUUAAGUUUCCUGAUUUACUUAUAAAUCUUGAGCAAUAUUUCAAGCAUUAAUUUCUAAGACACUGGUAUUUCAGUUCUACAAUCUUAAUUGGCUGAUCAAAUUAAGAGUAUACAGAAACUGCCUCAAUAUAUUGAUUAUGAUUAAGAGAUCUCCCAUCAUCUAGGACCUAUGUAAGAUAUGAAAAUUCAGGAAUUGCUACUAAAAUAUUCUAUUAUUUUGCAAAUUUUUUCAGAAGAUGGGGAAAGAUUAACUUAGACUUAAUUCAGGUUGCUCAUGCUUGAACUUGAUAGUAAGAAGGAAGAGCAAUUCUACAUUAAUAUUUUUAAUUCUGAAUGUGAUAUUGAACAAUCUUCAAUACAAUACAUAUCCUUUUAAAGAUUUGCUGUUAUUUGUGAUGAACUUCAAUUGCUAUAGGGAUUAGAUGAAUACUUAGCUAAAAAUGAUGCCUAAUAUUUUAAAGAUUCUGACCUAUGGAAAUUGAGGGAAAUUGAAUUAAAACUAAUGAUGAUCAGAAGUCACAAUUAUGAUGCAUCCGAAAGAGAUCUCUUUUAUAAAAUGCACAAAUUGCAUCAACCUCCUUAACGUAUAAUAUUAGGGAGGUUCUUGGAAAGAAGAGCUAAAGAGUUAUUACUCUAGAAAUAUACAUUAGAAUGUUUGGCACCUUUUAUGUUACUUUUUGAAUCAUGA